AUGCUUGUUGUUCCACAAAAGAACUCUGUCCUUCCUGUUGCGACUACUGUGAAGCACUCAGACGAGCCUAACGAAGAUUUUCAAGUCAAGGUCCCUAUUCAGGGAGUGCUUUUUAAUGGCCAAUACUGCUUUGAUGUUGUGCUUACAACAGACUUGAAUCGGAUUACAGGGCCCUUAAGAGGGGACCCCAAGCACCCUCAAGCUCUUGUCAAGCACCGUGAGAUUAUGCUUACACUACUUAAAGAUCUCACCACCGUUGAUUUGUGCUUCUCCUUCCCCUCUGACAAGAGCUGCUCAAAUUUUGGGCUCUGGGCACACCAAACCAUCUUAAAACGAUACAAGCCCCUUGCUGAGUUCAUCAACUCACCCCCGGCUAAAGAGUCAAAAGAGAGGAAGAUCGUGCGGUUCAAAGGCGACAAAUCGCGUGACUCUUCACGCUCUUCGGAUUCCUACUCGGGUGAGUCUGAUGAAGGAGAUGAGAGCGAAUACGAAGAAGAUGAUGACCGCUGUUGUCUGUUGAUCGAUGACGAGUUUAUGAUGGCUACGAUCUGUGCACUUUUAAUGUAUGUUUAUACUGGCGACAUUGAGCUCUCUGUUGACACCAGCAAGUUUGCCAUCAAACAGUCAGAGGGCGACGGCUCAACUAGCGGACAAGGCAAAAACUCAACCAGGCAUCCCUUGGGCCUCGACUCUGGAUGGAGGUUUAAGGAUGUCACUUGGAUGGAUCUACUCAAGGCAGCAGAUUAUUAUGGAGUGACUGAUCUUCAGGCUCGGUGCGAGGAAGAAGUGAUCGCAUCCAUUAAUGAGUCUAACGCGCUUGAUAUUCUGUUCAACGUUGGGCAGAAAUAUAAGGAUAUUAAGCUGGAAGCUAUUGAUUACAUUGCGAAUAUGAUGGGUUCAUUGUUUAAUCAGGAGCGAGACCCAUUCGCACCAUACAAGGACCAUCCUUCGUGCUAUGAACUGAUGGUUGAAGUGAUGCGUCACAAGGGCAAUCAAGGCUUAUAA